AUGCUCCGUCCGUCACUGCGUAUGACCACACGAACGCAGACGUCGCUUGCCUGCUCCUUUCACGCCGGGCUGGCAUCGGUGACCGAGACACCCUUUUCCGUUCUCACCAGUGGGGCGGUGCAUCCACAGCCCCGCUCCCUUGCUCAGAGCGUUCGCCGCGGUGCGUGUCUGCGAAGGGCUGAGACGGCGACCACCACACGGACUUCCGCGUUCUCUCCUUGCUGCACGUCCACGGCGCCACUCUUCACGAAUGCGAAGAAGUCGUACGCGCACGGCACAGAAGAGGAGCAGCAGGCACGUCAGGAGGCUGCGGCCAAGGAGUGGCGCGACUUUCUCGAUCAGCCGGUGGACGCGGACGGCGGUAACGUCCCGUCGGCGCGCCAUGUCGAGGCCCGCCUGCCGACCAUGAGGCAGCUGAACGACGAGCUGCCCACGGCGGCAGAGCUGGAGAAGGCGCUGGGUGAGGGGAGUAUCGAUGCGUACGCUACACAGCCGGACAGGGACGAGGAUUAG